UCUCGAUUUCGUAUCCUGUUACGGCAGGUUCGUUUAGUAAAUCCGCGCGACAAAUCAGUGGAUCUUGGUAAUCUACCGAUUAACAAAAUGACGAUCAGAAAGGUGCCAGUGAUCAACGAGGGACGUGCUGCGCUCGAGUUAAAGUUCGAUCUUAUGAAAAAAUUGCCUGGCUACGAUCGAUUUCGUGAACGAAUUCAAAUUUAUUCGGGGAAAAACGAUCAAGAUAACUCCAAAAUUGAUCGCACUCGAGCAUCGAUCUCUGAAACGAAACGUUCGCAUACACUUGACAUGACUCUGCAGACGAUCGAGCCCGAUCUGUCCGAAGUUUUGGACAUCGAACCAACAGAAUCGAUCAUACUUCAACCAGGAAAAAUCGCAAAUGUUGUCAUAAAGUACAAAUCUAUGCGCAGAAUGCGUCCUUUUAUGGCUAAAGUAGCGUUCCAAACCAAUUCCACGAUCCAGCCGUUAUUUAUUUUACGCGGAAGCUGUAUAGGCGCAGAGUUCUGUUUGAACAGAACUUAUAUUCCUUUUGGUAUCGUUGUUCAAGGUUGUCUUAGCGAGGCGAAAGUAGUACUAUCGAACACAGGAGAUAUUGGUGCCAGAUUCAAGUGGAAUACGUUGAAAUUACCUGAAGAUUUUAGUAUCGCUCCUGCAACUGGCUACUGCUCUUCUGGCAUGGACGUCAACUUCGUUGUCAGUUUCCGACCUACUCGGCACGACAGUUUGAUCGAGGGCAAUGUGAGCGUAUACAACUCCUACCCUUAUAUUGUACCUGUGCACAAAUACUUGAUCUUCGACGAGAGUCUCAUACCUUCCGUAUACGUCAAACACAAAAGCGGUUUAUUACGCAACACAGUACUCUCGCUAUAUUUCUACAUUGCAAUACUUGAAAUUGAAAAAUAUGAGAAUCUCGGAGUAAGAAUUACCGGAGCUAGCUGCAAGCUACCCGACCCGGUUGACACUCUGCUCUUCUCGUGUCGUGUCCGCGAGAAAAUAAUGAGGUCCCUAAACAUCGAAAACGACACCGCGACCCCUUGGAAAUUGAAACCCGAGGUUACCGGCGAUUACUUCUUCGUCGACGAAGUUUUGCACGUUCCUUCGAAAAAAUCUGUUGCCUGCACUGUCACUUAUGCCCCUUUAGUCAUGAACAGCGACAGCAAUCCUCACGAAGGUACGUUGCUUCUAAAGCUGCCGGAUGAUAAAGCGCCUUUGGUAUAUUGUCUUCGAGGGCUGAGUCUACCUCCGCAAGCUCUCGAAAGGAUUACACGUCAAUUCCCAGCGAAGACAAAGUAUAUCGAAUUGUUACCUGUCUACAAUUGGUUGAGUACUCGGCAACGAUUCGAAUGUAAACUUGAAAAUAUGAAUGACAACAAGCCCGUCGAGGUGUUCACUUUUGCUGGCAACAGUAAAAUAGACGUGCCAGCGAAUGGUCAGCGAGAUUAUCGCGUAGAAUUUCACUCCUAUAAAAAAUCAAAGUAUAAUUUUAAGGUAACGUUCACUAAUGAAGAGGGCGAGUAUCAAUUUUACGAACUCCACUAUGAUAUUACAAGACCACAAGAGAUUGAAUCGAUCAAGUUGAUCACUACAGUCCGAUCUCCGGUGUACUAUACUUUAAGACUCGAUAAUCCACUUAAGGAACAGCGCGUAACAUACACGGCAAAAUGUCAACAUCCCUACAUCACAAUUCUCGACGUACCCAAAUUCGUGGCACCCUUAUGCUACGUUAGUCUUCGGAUUUUGACCAAUAAUGCAUUGAAAGUUGCACGGAAGAGAUUUUCUCUUAUGACUUUUGCUCAAAAUUAUAGUGACCAUGGAACAACAUAUCCGGAAACCAUCGGCAUCAAGUAUUAUCCUUUACACCCCGCCGAGGAAAGCACUGUAAGCUUGCACGUAAACUGCGAGGAGCUCGGACUGUUUCCCUAUGAGCUGCGAUUGCAAGCGAUGCCAGCAUCCGCGGAGAAAACGACGCGCGUCGUCGCGGUGCUCGGCGGUUCCACUACAUUCUCACUGACCAUAAGCAAUCACGCUCAGAAGACCGCAGUGUUCGCCAUCAAGGUGAAUAACGAAUGCUUUACAAUUCCAAAGAACAUCGAAGUGUCACCGAUGAGCAGCGCAACAUUCGACGUAACUUACGAACCCAGCGACGUCGACAACGUAUCAGCCACUUUGACAGCCACAUCCGAGAUUGCUGGCGAAUUUAUAUUUCCUCUCGUCGGGAUGUAUUCACUGCCGAAACCUCGAGGACCGUAUACAGUUACUGGCAACACACCGGUUUCUAUACCAUUCAAGAAUAUGUUUAGAGAAACCAAAUCUUUCGAGCUUAUCUUGGAUGAUCCCGAAGUUUUCACAGCAACGACGUUGAAUACAAUUGAACCAAAACAAGUGGUCCCCAUUGUUGUUCAUCUAAAAGAAACAUCAAGUGGCAAGGGGGAACUAGAAGACGACAAUUAUCCAGUAACCGGAAAACUUCUGGUUUAUUGCACAGAUCCGAAGGUUUCCCACGUCAAUUGGAUUUAUUAUUUAAGAGGCGUACACGAGUAAUAAAUGAAUAACAUAUCAAUACGAGAUACGCUUUAUCGCAUUUUACUCGCAAUAUAAAUUUAUACACUUGAUUACGAAAUG